UCUACGCUUAGAUCUACAUCUUCUGUCAGAUCAGACAGAUGAAUGAAGCCACAGAGCUCUGGCCGCUGGAGCGUGCAGCGAACGUGUAGAGAGGAUCUUGGACUGCUGCACCGUCCGUGCUUUAGUUGAAUGCGGAAUCGUUUUUUUCUUGCUCGUUGCCGUCUGUGGGUGUUCUGGGCGGAUGCGUGUUCUGCUUGCGGCCCUUCAUAUUGUUCUUUUCUGGGAAUUUAAGUGACGCUCCGUCGCAAUUUGGUUGCGGAAGUGAAGCGCUUUCGUUCGUUACCUGCCCAUCGGCAGGUGGCGUUUAGAUUUGUGGGACUACCAAUCGUCCGUGUCAACGUUACCAGAAUAGCGGACGGCGGACAGGAACCACCCGGCCAUUAUCGGGAGCAGGUGCUUCUCCCUGGCUUGAAGUCAGGUAUCCGUGUGGUGACAACACUGGUGAAGGGUAUUGUCACAAAUGGGGCUAGGGUGCAGCUUAGGCCGCCAGUCACUACCAGUUGACCAGAGUGAUCCAGCUCUAGGGUCCAGCGUUGAUGAGAGCUCCGACUGCCAGUCACAACCAGCUGACCAGAGGGAGCCAGCUCUCAGGUCUAGCAAGGAUGAGAGGAUCGACCACCAGUCACAACCGGCUGACCAGCGGGAUCCAGCUCUAGGGUCGAGCAAGAAUGAGAGCUCCGACCACCAGUCACAACCAGCUGACCAGAGUGAUCCAGGUCUAGGGUCCAGCGUUGAAGAGAGCUCCGACGGCCAGUCACAACCAGCUGACCAGAGAGAGCCAGCUCUCAGGUCCAGCAAGGAUGAGAGCUCCGACCGCCAGUCACAACCAGCUGAUCAGAGAGAGCCAGCUCUCUCUGAUGGUGCUGGAAUGGAAGCAGCGUCUGAAGAGGAGAGUGAGGACAAGUAUCGACCACCAAAUUUGGCUAAUGUGGACAGUGAUCACUACUACUCAACCAAUGCGCCUCACGCAGAUCUGGUGAGAGCAUGUGAAGAUGACGAUGUGGAACAAAUCCGACAAACCGUGAAUAUAGGCACUCCAACCAAACCUGUGAUUAGACCGGAUCUCUUGAAACAAGUGCCGGAGCCAUACUUUACGGUUGGUAUUUUUAAUGCGAGAAUUCCCAUGACAAUCAUGGCUCUUCUGAUGCUGGCAGCAUGCUACUAUGGUAGCAUUCAUUGUGUCCAGUUUUUACUCUGGUGUGAUCUGUCGCUCUUACAUGGCAAAGUUAUGUUCAACCGCUUUAGUCAGCCACGAGAGGACUGCCUCCCACUAUCACUUCUAUAUGUCUGCGCGGCCCGUGGACAUAAAGCACUAUGUGAGCUGCUAAUAAAAAAAGGCAUAGCAGUUAAUGUUCAAGAUAAGAUGGGUAGGACACCACUCCACUUUGCAGCAUCCGCAGGUCAUGUGGGCGUACUAGAAUGUCUGUUGAAUGCUGGACAUCCAUUGGAAGCGAAAAAUUCGAAUGGUGACACACCAUUACAUUAUGCAGCAUAUUAUGGUCAUGUUUCUGUAGUAGAAUAUCUUCUCACUUCUGGACAUUCGUUGGAACCAAAGAAUAAUGAUGGUGACACACCAUUACAUCGUGCAGUAUGGAUUGGCUGUGUUUCCAUAGUGGAAUAUCUUCUCACUUCUGGACAUUCGUUGGAACCAAGGAAUAAUGCUGGUAACACACCAUUACAUGAUGCAGCACAGAAUGGUCAUGUUUCCACAGUAGAAUAUCUUCUCACUUCUGGACAUUCGUUGGAACCAAGGAAUAAUGAUCAAGAAACACCAUUGCACUCAGCCUGUAGACACGGCAAGCCGGAGGUUAUAGAACUUCUGCUUCGAACGGGUUCAGAUCUUCUUGCCUUGACAAAUUACAACAUGACAUGCCUGGACUCUGCAGUAGCAAGGAGUUUGGACGACAACUCUUUACCUAACUUAAGGGCAAUUGUCCGCCAUCUUGAGAGCAAGUACCCAGAGGAGCAGGAGAAGGUAAUGGAAAUUGUGCGACAUGCCGCUGACAAGCCGACUGCUUGGUCACACAACCGUCGUUUUCUUCGGACUUACCUUCAGCUGGAAGAAUUCUAUUCUGAAGGCCAAGUGGACGCUAACACUCUAGUUGUUCUAGUUAGCGGUGAACAACUUGUUGGGAAAUCCACACUGAUCAAGACCUUGAGAGAAGAAGGAAACAACGGCACAUCAAACGACUCGAAACGAACCCGAGGCAUCCAGAUGUCCAACUUUACUGAUAAUCUUGGUCAGCAUUUGCGGAUCAAAGAUCUCGCUGGGCAGGACGCGUUUUCAGCGACACACGACAUUUUCUGCCUAUCCACAUCAGUACCAAGCCUCGGUCUUGCUGUUGUCAAUAGUAAAUGGGACGAGAAACUGAUUACAACAAGCAUAACCACCACAGUUGGUCGGUUUUUGAGCCGGAAGCCACCAUCGGUAACAUCAGAACAGCCGUUCAAUGUCAUGAUCAUUGCGACCUUCCGCGACGAGAUCAAGAGAGAGGAUCAUGGAAAACUUGCUGCAAAGCUUGCCACAAGCUAUAGUAGUGUCGAGAAGGAGUUUGGUGAUAAACUCCACUUUCGAGGACGCUUUGCUAUCAAUGCCACCGUCAAUGACGCCGACUUCGAUCGCUUGAGAGUAAAACUUUCUGAGGUCUGCAGAGAUAUCCUGAGCAAAUCUUGCAAGCAACCCAAAGUGCUCGAGCAGGCAGAGGAAGUACUGGCAAAACUGCAUGACAACAUCCGAGAGCCAUUCUCAACAAGUCGGGAGUUCUCUCGACAGCUUUAUGCUGCUAGCCACGUAGAGUAUGAUGACGAUGAAGACAGCAUCUACACCGAACAAAUCCGUCGAUAUCGCAAGAUCCUCAAUGCGUAUGGGCUGAUUGUUUCUUUCUCAUCCCCUGAGCUGGACGACAUCAUUGUUAACCGACCCAACUGGCUGCUCUCCAAGGUCAUUGGUCUCAUCUUCGCACCACCUGGGCUUGAUGACGAAGAUAUGCUGCACUUCAUAGAUGGUGUUGCGAAGGUCCAGGAAGUCCUUGGCAAGCUUAACAGCUGCGAGGGAGCAGAAGGUCAGGGCCCUCUGCUGCUGCAGAUGGUGAUACAACUAGGUGUGUUGCUGCAGGAGAAAGAAAGGAUCCUGGCACCCAGCCGUCUUCCGACCGCAGACAACUGCCUCGGCUCACUGGCCAAGAAAAAUUCAUCAUCUCAGUCGGCGUGCGCAGGAGUCUCUUUCACGACUCAGCACUGCUUCUCCACUGCUCUAGUUAUCAGGCUGCAGACAGAGCUGUAUGCCUAUUUCCACGAGCUUCACGGCAUUCCUGCUGAGCUCUGGAAGAAUCUGGUGGUAGUGGCUCCAGUCCAUUCUACAGCCCGUGGUUGCAUCUCCGUCACGGACAGCCUGCGCCAAGCUGUCGCUGUUGUCCAUGCUCCCGUUGAAGAUUCGCUAGAUGGCUAUUGUCUGCUGGCUCUGUUGCGCAAGGUGUUUGGUGACCUCGCAGCACAGUAUAGCCCGGGCACUACCUACUCCACAAGCAUCAUCAGCUCUGAAUCGAUUCGUCAGCACCUCCACGAGCCAAGCGACAAGUUUGAUUUCGCUGUGUACGAUGCAGAGGAAGUCCGAUCAUCCGUAGCAACAAAGGUUCAUCUCUCCACUAGCCAACGUUACGUUGAUCGUGCCCCGCUUCUUCUCGAAUGGCCGGUCAACCAUGCUUCACUGCUCUCUGCACAGUCCUUCGAGUCCAUCCGAGAAAGCCUUGGUGAGUCCGACCUGCCUGCACUAGCCACCUGCCUGGGCCUUACAUCACCAUCUUCAUCACGUGUGCACAGUAAUCAUCUACACGCUGCAGCAGCAUUGGUCCACAGCUGGGCAGUUACCGACUACCAUCACACCUCCACCAAGCUUCACCAGUUGCUAGUGAAAUCACCGAACGCCAAGCGCUUUGCAAAGAUCUGCAAGGUGCUACGGCAGCAUGAAGAACUGCUGGCCACCGAUUUCCCGGACAUAUUCCGGAAGCGUCGGGUGCAAGCCGUCCAGCCAGUCUCCGCCGGAGCUACUUCCUCCGCUGUUCAAUCAGACUCGGCAGAGAGCAUUCCUUCUGGUAGCCAGUCACACUCUGAUCAAGCCAGUCAGUCCACUGCCGCUCGCCAAGAUGAUGCUGGCCAUGCUGAGCAUCACGCUGCUGAUGGAAGCUGUGGUGUUUUCCUAUCCACUUCACCACUCCAUGCCAUGUGGUCAACGGACGAGCGCAUUGCAAACCUGUAUCAGGAGGAUGAAGCGGAGCUCUCUGAAGAAACAGACUCGGCAGAGAGCGUUCCUCCUGGCAGCCAGUCACACUCUGAUCAAGCCAGUCAGUCCACUGCUGCUCGGCAAGAUGAUGCUGACAAUCCGUUUGACCUGGAAAGGUUUGUGUGUGACAUUCAACCAUGGUUGAACAAAGUUGACGCAGAUCGACUGCGACGGAUGGUGGUCGAGAAACAUCUCAUAACUGACAGCGCAUCAAUAGAGAGACUAAAGAGAAUUCAGUCUCGGGAUGGACUAUCUUAUCAUAAUGAGGAGCUCAUCCAGUUGCUCAGAGCUGGUGGCCUAAAAACGUAUCAUGAUCUCUGUGUUGUCAUUGAGGAACUUGGGUAUGUGGACAAGAGCAAGGCAAUGCUCUCCAUGUUGUCCCACACAGGUUAAAGGUGACUACACUCUCCAACCAGGUUAUCGUUGUCAUGGUCACUGACGCCAGAGUCGGAACAGUGUCUGAUGUCUUCCAUUAUCAAUCCGUAGUGAUGCUGGCUAGAAAUUGGCCAUUGUGGCAAUUUGUUGUUUACUACUUCACUUGCAUAUGCCAUGCAUGUAUGCAUACAAAUCCUUCACUUGUUUGCCUCAGUAUUGAAGAGCACUAUGGAUUUGUGUUUGUGUUCACUAUGGCCUUCACUCGUCUUUUUUAAGUUGUUUUAUGAAUGUAGGUAUGUGUGUGAGUGUUUGUUUGUGUGUUUGUAUAUGUGUGUGUGUGUGUGUGUGUGUGUGUGUGUGUGUGUGUGUGUGUGUGUGUGUGUGUGUGUGUGUGUGUGUGUGAGUGUGUGUGUUUGUUUGUGAAUGUGCAUUUCUUGCCGCCUACAAAAUUUGCCUAGCUAUUUUUGUAGCACAAAGUGCUUGUGUGUUAUGCCAUUUCACUUGCUAUUCUUCGUCAUCAAUGAUGUCCAUGUGUGUUUUGGCCCUUACGUUCCCGUUCGGCUUGCUUUUCGUACUACAACGGAACAGAACACACUGUCAUGGUUGUUUGCAUGUUGAACAGUUCGACUUGUUUUUAUCCAUCAUUUCUGAUCACAACAUGCUUUGUGCAUUUCACUGCAGCUUCACUUGCUAGUCUUCAUCAUUGCCUCAUGGAAAAUUAUGUGUGCGUGUGUGCAUUGCGAUGUCACUUGUUUUUUACUUUUAUUGUUACAUGACACAAUUAUUAUGUUUGUGAACUACUCCACUGCAGUUUCGCUUGUUAUUCUUCUCAUCAUUACAGCACAGAAUUUGUUUGUGUUACCCACAGUUUCCCUCUUUUUUACCCGUCAUUCCAGACCCCAGUGAGCUUUUUGUCAUUGGUAUUCCCUUGCCAGCCUACAUUACUACCGACCUGCAAUAUGAUUGCAUAGCUGUGUGUGCAGUGAUGUCUUCAUUUGUUUUCUGUGGCAGUUACACAACAUGUGUUUGUGUCCACUGCUGUUUCGCUUGUAUCAUUUCUUAUCACUACAGCACAGAAUACGUGUGUCGGUGUGUGUGUGGACUGAUCAUGCACUUCAUUACUUUUAUCCAUGAUGUGAGAUCACAGUGUGGUCUUUGUGCAGCUCAUCACUGUUUUCAUUGCUGUUUUCGUUGCUGUUUUCGUUGCUUUUUCACUGCCAGCUGUUUUUGUUGCUUUUUCAUUGCCAGCUGUUUUCGUUGCUGUUGUGUUGCCAGCUGUUUUCGCUGCCGUUGCCUUUCGCCUGCUAUUCUACACGGUUGGAGUCGGCAAUGUAUUUUCAUGCUCUGCUGUUUUCUGACUUUGUUUUCUGUGGCUGUAAGGAACACACUUUGUCGGAACAGCAAUUUACUAGGCAUGCCUUCUUUUUUAAUUACAGCACAGAAUGUGUGUGUGUGUGUGUGUGUGUGUGUGUGUGUGUGUGUGUGUGUGUGUCUGCACUGAUGUUGCACUUGUUUUCCUUAUCAUUGCACUUAACAUGAUGCGUUUACACUUUACCAUGGUCUACACCAUGUACCACUGCUGCAAUUGCCUUGCUGGAUCAUUACGUCAUUACGUCAUUACGUCAUUACAGUACACAACUUGUUAGUGUAUUGUGCAUUGCACUUUCUCUAUUUUCAUCAUCAUUAUUCGGAAGUCUUGUUUUUGUUAUCCAUACGGAGACCCGACCUUCACAGUGUGCCUGUGUGCUGUCUGCUGCUCAAUGUGUUGUGCUGGAUGCAAUGUAUGAGUGCGGUGAAGCAUGUCACUGAGCUGUUUUCACCUGUGUGUGCACUGAUGGUGACUAUAGUUCAGCUAAUC